AUUGAAGCAGAAAAUAGCGAACGCAAAAGAAAACCAAGAGAUCAGAGAAGAAAGAAAAUGCUGCUUCACCGCUUACCCCAUUCAAACAAUGUUACCUGACAACCCUCCCUCCCCCUUCUCCUCCCUCUCAUCCCCCUCCUUCCUCCACCACCACUCCGCCGCCGCAUUGCCCUUUCCCAAAUCCAAUCCCAAUCUCCCAUUACCCUUCCGUUGAUCUAACCGUCCUCUUUCCCUUUUUAGCAAUGCGUUUUGCUUGCACCGGAAGCUAGCGUUAGGGUUUCCGAUCGCCGCGAUUCGUCAAUGGACCCGUCUAAUAAUAACCCCAACGGUGGUGGCGCGAUGGGCGAUGCCGGGAAGAUACUCUACAUCGUCGUUCUUGACGCUGACAAGAAGGACGAUAAGGCUAAAGUCUCCUUCCGCUACACGCGUUCUGUUCUUCAAAGCACUCUCCAGCUUAUGGGAUGCAAAGCGAGGCAUGCCUUUAAGAUCAGCCAAAGAGUUUUUGAAGUCACAAGGAGCAAGAGUUCUACUGAUAUUUCAAAGCCUGAAGCAGUUGUGUUAUCAGGCCCUGAUUCGAAGAAAGAUAGUAGUUAUGCUGGAGUAGACUUAGGCAACCAAUUCCUUUUAGGGAAAGAUUAUUUUAGAAGUAAAAGCGUACCAUUUGAGCUGUACAAAAGGCGCACAUCAGUAUUCGUUCGCAGAGAAACUUUUCUAGACAUUAUCUGUGAUGCUCUGGCUGAGUACAAGUAUAUGGGUCCCAACCAGAGAGAAGACUUGGCUCUAGCCUGCAGGAUCCGAGAACGGAAGGAGUCUGUGACAGUGCUGUUGUGUGGCACUAGUGGCUGUGGCAAAUCCACAUUAUCUGCAUUACUGGGUGGCAGGCUGGGAAUUACAACAGUGGUCUCAACUGAUUCUAUUAGACACAUGAUGAGAAGUUUUGCUGAUGAGAAGGAGAACCCCUUGUUGUGGGCUUCUACCUACCAUGCGGGCGAGUGUUUGGAUCCUGUUGCUGUCGCAGAAGCUAAGGCCAGAAAGAAAGCGAAAAAACUGGCUGGUGUCUCACAUUCACAUCACAAGGAUGAAGCAGCUGAUGGAAGCAAAUCUGAUUUACGGACAUUGGAUGUGGGCUCGGGUGGUACAGAAUUGCUAAGUCCGAAACAAAUGGCUAUUGAAGGAUAUAAGGCACAGAGCGAGAUGGUCAUUGACAGUCUUGAUAGGCUAAUCACUGCCUGGGAAGAAAGAAAAGAGUCAGUUGUUGUUGAGGGUGUUCACUUGAGCCUCAAUUUUGUUAUGGGGCUCAUGAAGAAACAUCCGUCUAUUAUACCAUUCAUGAUAUACAUUACAAAUGAGGACAAGCAUAUGGAAAGAUUUGCUGUACGAGCAAAGUAUAUGACCCUAGACCCAGCUAAAAACAAGUAUGUAAAGUAUAUCCGAAACAUCAGAACAAUCCAGGAUUAUCUCUGUAAGCGUGCUGAAAAGCAUUUAGUUCCCAAAAUAAACAACACAAAUGUUGACAAGAGUGUUGCAGCCAUCCAUGCAACUGUCUUCAGCUGCCUUCGAAAGCGUGAAGCUGGGGAACAACUAUAUGAUCCUGUUAGAAAUACUGUAACAGUUAUUGAUGAGGAAUAUAGAAAUCAAUGUGCAGCCAAUUCUGUGAGCUCCAAAGGAAUGUUUCAAUUGAUCCAGAGAAAAGGUUCUUCCAGGAAUCUGAUGGCUCUAGUUAAUAACGAUGGGUCUGUGGCAAAGGCGUGGCCUGUUAAUCUAGUUGACAGUAAUGGAAAGCCUAUAUUGGCUCAUGGACCAGAGAAUGGAAUUGGACAUCCAAUGUACGGUCCCUUGCGGAUUGGUAAGGCAGAACCUGUAAAUCUUCAGUUUGGUUUUUAUGGGAUCAGUGCUUGGCCCAGUGAUGGUGGCACUAGUCACGCGGGAAGUGUUGAUGAGUCGAGAGCUGAUGGGACUGAUACCGGCAGUAGAUAUCUAUCCUCUUGCUGUAGCUCGCCAAGGAUGUCGGAUUUCCCCGCAAAGGAGCUCAAGGAAGACUUCUCGGUGCAUGGUAGUGAUGAAGAAAUCGAUGAUCAACCAGAUGCGGGCAGUGAUGAGGAUUUCAGUGAUGACGAUCACAAACUUGACCAUGAGGAGGUAGGAUCAGUUGAUGAGGAAUCAACAAAGUCUGAUGAAGAGUAUGAUGAUCUUGCAAUGCAAUGUGUUCAGGAAAAUGGUUAUUGGUCAGACGACGAUGAGGAGUUUAAGAGCAGGCUCGCUGCUGUUGCCGGUGAAAUUCAUGGGAACAAGUAUCGUGAAAACCUGGAUCUGUUCCUCAGAACUAGAAGCGAGCCGAUGACCAUGGGGGUUGCGUCUCCAGAGCCUCCUUGCUCUUAUUCUUCUUUGCUCAUGGAAAAGAGUGAGAGGAAACUAACACCAGCUGGCAGAGCCAAAUUAAGAAAACGUUCACUUAGCAUUCCUGCAUUAGGAAAACAUAGAUCAGCAAUCAAUGAUCCAAUCCUUUCUGGUGCUCCUCAAAGGUAGCAGCAUGACAUUCCCUCUGUUGAUCGUUUAGUCUUACCAACCAACCCCCCUUUUUGGUGCUUUUGAUUAACUUAUGUGUAUAGUAAAGCGUCCAAAACUUUCAUCAUCUCGUUAGUUUUUCUUUACUUGAUAUGAGGCGUAAUUUAGUUGAAAACUUGCAAACAUAGUGGAUCAAUGAAUGUUUUGUGACAUUUUGUGAGAAUGUAUAUAAUUUUGGAGUCC